GAAUUACAAACCUUUAGACGCGAGCGCCGACACACGCAGGUAGUCAUCACGUGACCUUGUGCAUGCUCACCUGUGUGUCGGGUGAUUGUCGAAGGUAUUUUUGCGCGCGGAAGGUUGGGGUUUGUUCAGGAGAAAAGACAUGAUAGUUUUGUGGAAAUUUAAUUUGUUUCUUUCAAAACACAUUGAUUUAUAUUUUACAAGAUGGCGAGUUGUAACUUUUGGAACAAUCGACUUAACAUGUCUGAAUAUUACCGACGCUUCGCAUGCUCUACUUUUGGAAGGUGAUGUUUGUUAGUUGUGUUACCAUGGACAGCUGUCCUAGAGACUGUUAAAAGGCUUGUGAAUAAUCCGAUUAGUCAGAACGAGGGUGUGAACAAGAAGAGUCCGGGUGUCAGGUCUCAUCUCCAGCAGUCGUUAAAAGCGUAGAUUACAAGUCUUUUAUAUAGAAGCUGAACUCUCGGCCCUACACACGGGCCGACUACAUCUCUGUCUCCACGAAGUGUCGUUUCAUCCUAGUGAAGUUGCCUUUGUUUAGUAAAGGACCAGCAGCUAACAUGGGAUUUAAGAAGCCUCACAUCGUUGUUGUCUUGGGUCUCGUCGCCUUAGUCGUCGCGCUCAUAUUUCAAAUCAUCGCCGUGGCGGCUACAGGCUGGUACACAGUAAAAAACACUGAUGACACCUACGGGCUCUGGGGUAUUUGUACUCAGGGUAUUUGCUUGGAUUACAUGUCUGCGGAUGAUACAAUAAAAGCAACUCGAGCCUUUGCCCUCCUCGGCCUUUUUUUCAUCAUCUUUGCUCUCGCCGCUGGCAUCCUCAUCAUGUUUAUUGAUAAGAAAGUGAUGAACCUAAUUGCUGGCGGAGUAGCCAUCUCUGCAGGUGUAUUUGUGGUGAUCGGUAUUUUCAUUUUUCUUGGCACCCAUCUUCACGAUAAAAUUACUGCGGGUACUCUGCACUACUUCCAGCUGUCCUACUGCUUCGCUCUGUCAAUUGUCGCCUUUCUCUUGUGCAUUGCCUCUGGCAUCGCCUUCAUCCUCCCAACAUCCUUUGAGGACCCUGGAUUACGUAUCCUACCUCAUUCCCUCAAAAUCUUAGCAAAGCAUAUAGCAUAAAGCAAAUCGAGACAUUCAUCCCUUGAAAGAAUUGAACGAACAGAUAUUCACAAUUUUUUUAAUACUCGGAUGUUACUUUCUCGCUGUUGCGCAAUAAUCUUGUUGUCUCACAUUUUCUUGUUUUAUUAGAUUGGGAAUUUCAUGGAAUGCGAUUUGGUUUGACAUCAGUUGAAGUGUGGCUCCUUCAUAAUUUUGUAUUUUGUAAUAAAGCUCUUUGAAAAUC